AUGUUAACAUCAACAUCAACAAUGCCUUCCACAUCGAUAAACACUUCUAGAAUACCAAGUCCUACCAGUGAUACAUUUGAUGAUAAUCCAAAUAGAUUAACUACAUAUUUGCAUCAGCUUGCUGGAUGCUAUGAAACUGAAAUUAAUGUGCUUGUAAAGGAUCAUUGCUAUGCUCGCCCAUGGAAUUGGAAACCAGAGAAUGUUUAUGUAAAGCCAGUAAAAAAGUUGUUUUUUCCAAAGAAAAAUUUAUCAACGGAAAAAGUUACUCAGGAUGAAGAAAUUAAUAUAGAAGAAGAUGGCAAUGAACCAUUAAUACCACCAAUAGAUUUUACAAGAGCUAGACAUCAAAUGGAUGAACUACAACGGUUAGCAAACUUUGCUCGGCCAGAUGAAAAUGAAGAUUGGGAAGAGAAACUGGAUAAAAUUUUAUGGACACCUGUUCAAAAUCGAAUAUUUACCAAAGUGCUUAAAAUAUUGAAUUCAGAAAGACUUGCAAGGUUAGCUAAAGUAAAUAAUUCAAUAGAACCAAUUUAUCGACGGACAUCAGUUGAUACAGCUGCAAGAAGAUUUCGAGAAACAUUGGCAUCAGCUGGUUGGGAUUGGAGACUUGCACAAUGGUUGCAUAAUUUAUUGUUUGAUCACCUACCCCAAGAAUAUCUUGGAAUUUAUCUUGACAUACUACAAACUUUAAGACUGAAAAUUCCUCAACUUAUUGAUAAGAUGAUUGCUGUGCAACCAAAUAUCAAUGCAAAAACAGGUUCUAUAACAUGGGAAACCCUUGGGUCACUUCUCAGACGAACAUGGGAUCCAGUUACUUUAAGUUUAAAUAGCAACAGACUUAAAAAAUUACCAGGAAACCCAAUUUUAAUAAUUGUACCUUCUGGAGUUGGAUCCAAUAUUUCUACAAGGCAGCAUAAAUGGAUUUCGCAAUUAGGAGCUUUAGGAAUGGUUGUUACUGUUCAUACACAUUUGGGUUUAGCAGCUAAUAGAAUGACUAUGAUGGUGUGCAUUGAUCAAUUAGUUCAAGCUACUAGAACUAAAAUACAAGAUAUUAGAAGUGAUUGUCCUGGUCGACCUAUAAUUCUUGUUGGUUUUAAUACAGGCGCCGCUCUUGCAUGUCAGGUGGCACAAAUGGAACAUGUAACUGCAGUUAUUUGUCUUGGGUUUCCUUUUACAACAGUUGAGGGAAAAAGAGGUGCACCCGAUGAUACAUUAAUGGAUAUUCGAUGUCCGGUAAUGUUUGUCAUAGGACAAAAUGCUACACUUGUAAGACCUGAUGACUUAGAAGACCUUAGAGAAAAAAUGAUGGUUGAAACGAGUUUAGUGAUAGUUGGAACUGCCGAUGAUCAUUUAAGGAUAUCUACUGCAAAAAAAAUAUCAGACGGUAUUACGCAAAAUAUGGUAGACAGAUGUAUUUUGGAUGAAAUUGGAGAUUUUGUAGGCACUAUUCUUUUACAACCACAUCCAUUACCAUUAAGAUCAACGUCACUGUCAAAUUACGAAAAUAAAAACAAUAGAAAAGAGCCACGAAAACGGAGAAACUCAACAAGUAGUUCUGUUGAAAGUGAACCUAAUUCUCCCACUAUAAAAAAAUCUCGACCAAAUACACCCAUUUCAUCGGUAGUAUCUGUUGGACAAAAUACACAGUCAGGUACAAUUUCACGAGUAGGAGCAUUUGGUACGCAACCAAACUUAAUUGCAGUGAGCGGAGCACAUACAAAUCAUACACAGACUGUAAAACGGAAACCUCGUGUUAUUGGUAAUCAAAAGGGUCAUUUUAUGGAGCACUUAAUAACGUCCAGACUUUCCGGACAGUCAAAUUCGAGUUCAGAUAAUGGCGGUAUAACGUUAAAUAUUGGUUCACUAGCAAGUUUAGCACCAAUUGGUCCAAUACGUUUAGCCCCAGCAUCAUCAGGUCAAGCUGUAACUACAGCAAUUAAAAAUAUUUCUAAGUCAUCAAUUGUGUCAACUAAAGUGCCUAAAAUUGUACCAACAAAUGUGCAAUUACAGAACGUUUCAAAAAUGAAAGCAAUUGUAUCGACGAAUAAAGCUUUUUCUAAAGUAAUAUCAAACAACUAUAGGCAUUUCAAUAUUCCUGACAAGAAUGGAGAUACAAAACUAGUUAAUGUUUUAACAACAUCAGGAAAUCAAAUUAGAGUUAAUACUCCAACUACUGCAGCGGUACAUAGUAAACCUGCGAUUGGUACAUCAAAUGGAACUUUAUCAAAUAUUUUACAAAACGGCAAAAAUUCUCUUACUCUCACUACUAGCUCAUCGUCCGCGCGUAUAUCUGCAGCUUCCAGUAUUUUACUAACACCAAACAAUUCUGUGGCAACUAGUGUAGCAUCAACCACGUCGUCGAUAUCAAAAGUGAUGGACGACAUGGCACCAACAAGUAGCUCUUCGCAUGUGAUGCUCAGUUCUGCUCAUUCAUUGGACACAUUCAAGAUGUCACAAUUACCUCGACAAGUAACAACCUGUAAUAACAACGAUAACUCUCAUAAUACAUCAUGUGGGAAUAUAAUUAUGGUUGAAAGUUCCCUUAAUGCUAAACCUGCUUGUUCAUCAGUGAUAGUACCAUUAAGCAGUCAUAGCACAGGAACUAUUUUACCACUGUCUAACAAACUAAAAGUUACACAUAAAUCUACUAAAACAAUGCCAAAGAUUACAGUUAACACAUCUAAUUUACAAAGAAUUCAUAAACCUCAAACAGUACAGAAGAAUUCUCUUGUAGAUGAGAUUGAUGAUGAACUAGGAAACAUACUAGACAUACCAAUAAUCUUUGCAAAAGAUGAUGAUAAUUUAAAUUCUAUUGAGAAAAAUCCAUCUUUAUCUCAAGCUAUACCUAUAGAUGUUCGUGAAAAGAGCACACCUAAAUUAAGCAGUAAUACUAAAGUUGUUCUGAUAAGUAACAAACAAGAUAAGUUACAACAAACAACUAACAAAUUUGUGACACCCACCCAAACUAUUAUAUGCCCUAAUGUAGCUGUACAAAAUUUAAAUCAUGUAAUAUUGCAGACAAAAUCUCAAAAUCCUACUUUAUCCAAAACUAAAGCUACAAUUCCAAUACAAACUCGUUCAAAUCAACCCACUGUUAAAUAUACAAAAAUAAUUUUAGCAAAAAGAAAUUCUCAGUUAGCCCAUCAAAAUGAUAAAAAUGAACAAGUCAUUGUAACAAAAACAAUCGACAAAAUUAAUACACCUAAAUUGCUAAAUUUUGAUAAAAAUGAACAUAGGUAUGCACAAAUCGCACCAAAACAAUCAACAAGGAACGAAAAUAAUAUUCUGGAUGAAGCAUUAGAAAUAGAAGAUGCUAUAAAAAUGAAUAUUAUAGAACGUAAACAUAUACCUGUGCAGAGAGUUGAUUUACCAUCACAAACAAUUGACAAUGUUAAGGAAAUAUUGACUGAAACAAACUUAAAUGUAAUUGAAGAAAGUAAUUCAGAAUGUACCAAAAUCGAUGAUGUAAUAAACUUGCAAAUAUAA